CUGCGGGCCCUGGGCAGCGCGCUGCGGGCGGCCCCGGCGGCGCCGGAGCGGCGGCGCCCAGCGCCGCUCCCGGCCGCCCUGUCCCUGCUGUCGCUCGGGAGCGGGCGGGUCAGCGAGAGGAAGGCCGCGGACGAGAAGACGGCCGCGUCGUUCGCGCAGCGGGAUUCCGAGGUCUUCGACAGGCAGCAGGCGGUUGAGUUGAACACAAGGACUAGAGCGCGACGAGGGUUUGGAGAGGCCACGAAAGAGGGGGCGGCAGCGACGACGGAGGAUGAAGUGCAGGCGAAUGCCGCGGCGGAGGCUUUGGCGAACGACGCGGUUUUGUUCAAAGACGCGGCACAGGAGGAGGCGAAGAGCGGCAGGGUUGAGUUGAUGGCACAGGCGGAGGAGGCAGCCGAGGCUAAGGCCGCGGCUGAGGCGACGGUUAAGGCCGCGAGUGUGGCGAGGGCUGUGGCGCAGCAGGAUGCGAGGGCCGCGAAGGAAGCUGAGGCCUUGGCCCGCGCCGAGGCCGAGGCUGCGUCGAGCAAGGAGGCCAAGGCGCGCCAUGAGCUGGCGGCGCAGGUCGAGGAGGUAGCGGAGGCCCAGGCCGCGGCGGAGGCGACGGCGAAGGCUGCGAGUCUGGCAAGGGCUGCGGCGCAGGAGGAGGCGAAGGCCGCGAGUGAGGAGGUAGCGGAGGCACAGGCCAUGGCGCAGGCGACUGCGAAGGCUGCGAGUUUGGCGAGGGCCGCGUCGUUGGAGGAGGCGGAGGCCGCAAAGAGGGGGGAGGCAGUGGCGCGCGCCGAAGCCGAGGCUGCGUCGGGCGCGGUGGCCAAGGCUCAACAUGAGGCUGCGGAAUUCGCGGAGGACGCGGCGGAGGCGACGGCCGCGGCGGAGGCGACCGCAAAGGCCGCGUCUUUGGCGAAGGCUGCAGCGCAGGAGGAGGCAAGCGUCGCGCAGAGGGCAGAGGCCGAGGCCGCGGAGGCCCGGGCAGAGGCCGAGGCGGAGGUGGCAGCGGCGCGCGCCGAGGCGGAGGCUUCGGCGAGCGAGCAGGCCAGGGCGCGCGAGCAGCUCUCGGCGCAGGCAGAGCUGGUGUCGGAGGCCCAGGCCGCGGCAGAGAUGACGGUGAAGGCUGCGGCUUCGGCGAAGGCCGCGGCUUUGGAAGAGGCUGCAGCCCGCACAAAGGACGCUGCGAACUACGAGGCCAAAGCCCACUCGCUGGAGCAGCAGCUCGCUGAGCUCGACCUCGCAUGGGAGCAACGGGUGGCUGAGGCCACGCAGAAGAAUGCGGAGGAGCAGGCGCAGGUCAGGCUGCAGCUUGAAAGCCUGAAGAGAGGACGACGGAUGCCGAUGUACCGGCAGGUGCCGUACCUGCCGCCUCCCGACGCCAACGUUGUGAUCGAUGACGGCAGCGGAGCCCCACGAGGUGCGCCAAUGUCACCCUCUGUUGCCGCUGCCCCAACGCCAUGGCGCGUUGGUACACCAGGAUUUGUCCAGGCCUCAACCUUCGAGAGCAAGUUCUGGACGCUCGACCACCAGCUCUCCGACUUCUGGACCGUGGCGGUAUGGUCAUUGAUGCUUCUGUUUCCCGCCGGCUGCUGCGGGAUAUGCCUGCUCUCCAUGCGGCGCCGUCCGAGGGCGGAGGACGAGCACCUGAUGCGCUGA